AUGAGCUCAGUUCCAAAAUCUGGUGAUAUCGACGAAGAAAAUAAUAUAUUAUCAACAAAAAUAAAAUUAACAAAAAAUGAGUAUAACGCAACAGUACGUAACAAACUUGAAUAUAAUCGUCUCAAAGUUAUAAAAAGACAUAUCGGAUAUCAAAAUGAUAUGAAUGCCUGUAAAUUGCGAACAUCUGUGCAUGAUUUAAAAAAAUGGCUGGAUGAUAAUCAAAGAGUUGUUUGUAAUAUUAAUGAAUUCUUUACGAAUAGACAAGUUCAAUCAGCGCAUCCUCAUAUGCGUUCUCGAUUGCCUGGUGUUCGUUCAAGCUUUGCUCGUUCAAACGAUGAUCGGUCGCAGAGUCGAAUGAAAUCUGCAUCGACACUUUCUCGGCCAUACACUGCACCACUUCAAGUGUUAUUUGAAGAAAAAAUCGAUCAAGGAGAUACGGAAACUGAUGAUGAUGAAAUAGUACCAUUGUCUAUUUCUCGAUUGACUUCAGGCAAACGUUCAGUAGCUCGAUCUACGUCUGCUAUUUCAAGUUCAGCAUUUUCUCAACAUCCAACUGAAACAAUUGUUAAUGAGAUUGACACAAAACCACCGCCCAUUUCAUCGAUAAGUCACCGUAUAACAUGGCCAGUUAAAUUAAAAGUAUUUGCAUUACAAGAUGAAAACGAAUCUCGUCAACAAUAUUUAGCUUGGCGUGCUGAACAACGUAAAGUUAAAGCUAAACCUUCAACAGAAACAUUUUUUGAUGUUGAACUUGAACGAAAAUAUCAAGAAUCAAUUCGACGACGACAAGAAAUUGAAGCCUAUCUUACGCCAGAAUUAAUUGAAGAACAUAAAUUAAAUGAUCCAAUAUUUGCUAAGCGUUAUCGACAAUUUAAAAUAGCUUUACAUUCUGGUAAAAUUCCAUCCUAUGAUCCUAAUGACUGUGAAAUAAAUAUAACUAUGACUAAAUCAAAAAUAGAACGUGCACGUUCAGAACUUAUUACAGCUGAACAAUCGAAAAUCAAAACAUAUUAUCAAAAUCAACAAAAUUCGAAUGAUUUACUUCUAUCGAAACGUAUUGAAACUUUUUUAAAACGACUUGCAAAACUUAAAGAAGAUCAAGAAAGAGAAUGCCAAGUUUAA